AUGGACUCCCAGACCUGCCAGGACAGGCAGCCCAGGGACCACCCCAGCAGCAGCAGCAACUGUAGCAGCGGCCAGAGGAACUGUGAACGGGAAAGGAUCCGGAAUCGUAUGAAAAUGGUGAUCGGGCAACUGGAAGGCAUCUUACAGGAGCUCAAGGAGGUGGCCAAGGAGCUCCGGGAGGUGGUGAGCCAGAUUGACCGGCUGACGUCUGACUUCGACUUCGAGCUGGAGCCGGACGACUGGAUGACGGCGACGGGCAGCAGCACCUCCAGCAGCGAGAAGUGUGGAGGUGCCUUCGAGCUAGGACCCCUCGACUUCACCACCUCCGACAUCCUCUCUGACAGCUGGGAAUUCUGCUCCUUCCUGGACGCGUCCACCCCCUCCGACCCGGGCGACGGUCCCGAGCCCCCUCGCCCGCA